AUAUUUAAAUUAAUAUCUCUAAUAAGAGAGAGAAUAAGUUUCUUUCAAAAUUAUCUUUUAUAAUAAUUCAUGUAUCUUUUUUGCGGAGCCAAUAUGAUUGCUCAUGGGAAGAGCCAGGAAAUGAACGUGUGUUCGCCGAGUGUAUCACGAUUUCUAGUCCACGCAGACGGAAGAUCCUUUUCAACAACAAUAAUUACGGCUAAUCAGCGGGUGGCUGUCACCUAACGGCUUGUAUCGGCCGAUCGACGAACCGCGACUCCGCACGGCUCCUCCUGCUUAUUUUAUCAGCGCGAUUCCUUUCAUUCAUGUGGAAUAAAGAAAUGUCACGUCAGAUAAAUCAAUUCAAUUAAAGCCAGAUUUCAGAUACCGUGAACGCGUGAAAAAGUGACCCCGAUAUAAAUUCAGGACAGGCCAAACACAAACCAGUCCAAACACGAUAAUUGUCAUAACAUUUUCCUUCGUAUAUUUACAGCGCGUUCGAAAAUUCAGGAAAAACACUACACCAAUUUCGGUGCCUUCAUCAAUUCACAUCUAUGGCAGCUAAGAGGAGGAUUGUCGCGGCUUCCUUUUACCACGGCGCAGCGAAGUGCUCUGAAAUCUCUAUCUCAGCCCGAUACGGCCCAUGAAGAUUCGCGGGGCGAAUCGGGUUUACCGACAUACAUACGAAAUUCCGAAAGUAAAUUUAUUCUGUCUGCUCGCAUUAGAACGAGAGAAGCCUCAAGCAUUAAACUUCCUCCUCUUCGAUCUUCAUUAAUUACUCUCGCUGCGUUCUUGUACUACUGCAACAUGAUCGAAUAUCUAGAACGAUCUGCAAGUUUCGCUGCAAUAUGUUAAUAAACCUGAAUUGAUUGGCGUCUAUUAAGCCUCUUAGAAUUCCUAGUUUAAUUUUAAUAAGAUACUGAUAAAUUUAGAAAAGAAUUCUUUCUUUUUACUCGACAGUAAUAUCAGAUUUAUUUCAAUAAUUAAAGCAUGUAUUGUGUUAGUAAUCAAUAUUGUUUUAAUAAUAAAUUUCCGAGAAUUAAAUUUUAUAAAUUUUAGGAAAUCAUUGGAAAUUUUACAAUUACCAUUGGGGAAUGGUGAUUAGCUCCACGCCUGCGACAGAGAAUAUUAUAAUGGAAGUACGUGUCAGAAUAAUAAACCAUUCUACGUCAGCGAUCAACCACGGAUCUCACGUGAGCAAUGUCAGUCUUGUCAAAAAUUUGCUAAUUAUUAUGUAUUCAAGCAUUGGGCGGUGAUCGUCGAAUGUGGAUCGUUACGGAUCAUACGAUUCAGGUCCCUGGGGGUUUCGGGUACGUCCGUUAUAUUACCUACGUAUGUACCAAGCCGAAUAAAAUACUGGUUUGGCGACGUCACAAUGUAUAUUCGCAGGUUUUACUUCGGACGAAAGAACCGGAGGUUCCAUUCAAGGAAUUCGACUGUGUACAAUGUUAAAUAAAAAAUAACAGUUAUUGAUAACAGUGUACUUUAUAAAAUCAACAAUCUGCCGCGGAUGGAGUUAAAAGAAAUUCUCUUCUAAAAUUCUGUACAAAAUAAAAGUUUAUAUUUUCGAAAUCAGAAAAAUUAACUGAAAAAUGUUUGGAAAUCCUUUUCAUUGCAUAACAAAAAAGUCUUCCGGCUCAGAGAUUGAACACUUUUAAGGAACUGCAUCUAAAGAUGAAAAAUUCAUAAUUUGGAGAAUAAAAUUACCACGAUUAAAUCUUUUAGCUGCUUUACGAGAGAGAUUAUGUAAUGGACUUUUAUGAUUAAAAAUGGUUACGAUUAAUGGUUCGCGGAAAUAGUCACCUACGGCAGUACGAUGUUUUCGCAAGGAUGCACCGAAUAUAUGUGGGGGAAAUGUAUACUGGUGAAGGAAGUUCAUUCACGGUAGUAUCUUCGCAAACGUGCUCGACGAUCCACCUCGAUCGUGCACGCAAGUUUUCUGUCUCUUUGAUUCAAUUCGAUUACGUAUCUACCGCGAAACAGUUGCGAUUUCGAGCUGUGUGUAUGACAUCGAUCAAUUUAUCUUUUGAUUAUUAUCGCGAAUUCUUGGACACACGUAUGCCACAUUAUGCGUACUUUUUAUCAGUGUAAAUUAGUGAUAAAUGGAUUCUCCCUCAACAAUACAUCGUGACUUCCCCUUUUCGGAAGAAUUUCAUCUUCCAGUAUCUGUCUUUGAAAAUGACCAAUUUAAUUGAAAAUAAUAUUAACUUCAAAAUAAAAUAAUUUAACUUUUGUUACUUAUUCUAAUAUCAAACUUAACAACACACAUAACUCGAACAUAAUUAUUUAACUUUUUAUAUUACCUUUGACUCUCACUUGACAUUUUUGGCAUUUUCGGGAUUAAAAAUCAUAUAAUCGAAGAGAUGCAAUAAAAAUAUUGAGAAACAUUUUUGGUAUCUCUGUGUGGAAUAUAUAUGUACUUUAUAAAAUACGAAGUGGACAUUCGGAGUAAAGAUGCGUUUCGGCUGCAUUAUCAGCAUCACAGAAGCUAGAAGAUUCUUUAAUAAAUACGUAAGUUUAUUUUUAUGUACAUAAAAAGUAAUAAAUAUAAGCGUUUAAAGCAUGAAAAAUAUACUAUACUAUUCUCGAGUCAAAGUAUUUACAUGAAAAAUAGAUACGCGUUAAUAAACACGCAAUUAAAUGCCCGGUGAUUUCGUCUUUAAUAGGUACUAAAAGCCGGCAAGAACGGUUCGACAUGAAUUUAAUGCAGAUGUCAAAGCCGUUACAACUAGCGGCGUUAAUAUCAUUAAUCUUCGUCAAUGCUCGAUUAAGUGUCGCCGAGACGAGCGGGGAGUAUCUUCAGAAGGUGAUGAUUGAACUUCAGGAAUUAAAUGUACCAUCUAGCGCGGCGACGCGCGACCGGCUAUCGAUGAAUCUAAAUUAUCAGCUCGCCAACUAUCAGAAUGAUCACAGCCAGGACAACACUUAUCGCAAGCUCGGCGGCUUUUUUAAUAGUGGUCAAAACACGGAACAUCAAGAUGCACAGAAGCAAAUUGCAAGCGUACCCGUCGCGGACAAGACUCACCCCCUCGCAAACGCAGUGCAAUAUUAUGCAAUAGGCAACCCUGCUACUACGGUCAGUUAUCCGAAGGUGAAACAACCGGAGCCGCUGUCGGUCACGCGUACGGAAUUGGCUGCGCUGUACAAGAAGGCCUUGGAAAAAGGGUCAACGAUCAGCCUCGCAUCGUUAACGCAAGCAUUGAAUGCCGCGGGCGAUGCGCCGUCCCAGGUCGGUCACCUGCAAUCACCGGUUAAACACCCGAUGUACAACUAUUACUUCUUCCCGCUAAAGAGCUUCGCGUCCGAGUUACAGAGGGAUCAUCACCAGACUGCACUCGUACCGGUCUUUGCGGCCACAGAGACGUCGCAAAGCACUCAGAAGCAAAUGAUGAAUCCGCUCUUCGUGGCGAUCGGCACGUUUAUCAGCAUGGCGCUUCUUUUUAUGAUGGGAGUGUUGUUUCUACCAAAAUUGCCGCACUUCGAUCUUUUCAACGCGCGAGUAGCCGAUAACGAUGACUUCCUACGUCUGACAACCCUCGUGACGAAUGCCAUAGAUCGACACAGCCGUUGGAGAAAUUUUAAGGGCAGCUAGCUCGAGUUAUACAAUCAAAAUUAUCGCGUCUUACGUUAGGGAGAAACUGAAAGUAUCUAUGAAUUCGCGCAUACGUUAAAUUCUGCGAUAACAAAAUUUCUCGGCCACUCGAAGAGAAGGAAAAAAAUUGUGCGUUUAAAAAAAUUGCAAAUAAUAUUUAACGCGUACAUUAACGUGAAAUAAGAAACGUCGAAAAAAGGAGAAACUGUAAUAUUUUAUCAGAAAUUUAUGCAUAUAAAAAUGUAAACUAAGAUUAAAAAUAUGUACCUAUCGUAUUUAAUCGAUAAGGAUUAAUAUAAGAUUGGCAUUAA